AUGGCUGCUUCCAUGCUGUCUCACUGGCUGCAGACUCAGAAACAGAGUCAGUCCAGCGCAGAUCGGGCAGCUUCCUCCGUCUUUUACCGCAACCUCGAGGACGUCCUCAACAGCCGCCGCGCAAAGCAGAGCCUCUACACCUUUCGCAAGCGUGGCGGGGAGAUUGACUUCUCCUCCAACGACUUCCUUUCCCUCGCUACCACGGGAGAGCUGCGGAACGCCCUGUUCGAGGAGCUCGCUCAGCACCCCGACUUCGAGAUUGGGAGCAAAGGCCCUCGCCUGUUUGACGGGAACAACGACUACAUCGAGCAGGUGGAGAGGGAGAUUGCCGAGUUCCAUGGCGCCGAGUCGGCCAUUAUCGUCAACUCUGGGUUCGAAGGCAAUGUGGCCAUCUUCGAGGCCAUUCCAAGGCAGGGAGACGCCAUUGUCUACGACGCGUUGGUGCACGCGAGUACCCACGUUGGCAUGGCCAAGGCCAAGGCAGAGCUGCGACUCCCCUUCCGCCACAACGACCUAGAGUCGUUCAGGAACACGCUCACGGUAGUCCGUGAUUCUCAGCAGCUCAUCCGGGACGGCGAGCGGUGCGUUCUCAUUGCCGUCGAGUCCAUCUACAGCAUGGACGGCGACGUCGCGCCGCUGGUCGAGCUCAUCCAGAUCGCCAAGGAGCUCUUCCCUGUCGGAAACGCACAGUUCAUCGUCGACGAGGCGCAUGCGACGGGCAUUUUGGGCCCCAAGGGCGAGGGGCUGGUUACCCAGCUUGGUCUGGAGAAGGAGAUUGCGGUGCGCAUGUACACGUUUGGAAAGACGAUGGCUUCCACCGGCGCCGCGAUUUUGGGAAGCGAGACCAUCAAGCUGAUGCUGAUCAACAAUGCGCGGUCUCUCAUCUUCACCACCGCCCCGUCAUUUGUGACGCUGGCCACGAUUCGUGCCUCAUACAAGCUCAUUGCAUCCGAGAAUGCCAGCGAGUCUCGAUCCCACAUCCAGAACCUCGUAACGCACUUCUUCAAGCUCAUCACGGCGGACCCUGCCAUACAGCAAGCCCUGGCGACAGGCAUCAUCAGGCUGCCGGUCUACAACGGGUGGGAGUCGCGCCCGUUCCAGACGCAGAUCUGCCCUGUCGUAACUCGGGCUAACACUAGGUACAACUUCUUCCUCAUCUUCCACCUGCAGCUAGCCAAGUUCUGCGCGUUCCCCAUCGACUUCCCCGUAGUGCCCAAGGGCCAAAGCCGCGUCAGGCUGUGCUUUCACGCCACCAAUACCAUGGCCGAGGUGGACGGGCUGGUGCGCGCCAUGUCGACGUGGUCGCAGGAGAUGCUGGAUAUUGAGAGCGGGAAGUCAAAGAUGCCGGUGCCGAGCGCGACGGCCAAGGUCUACGCAUUCAUGGCAAUGGAGGGCGAAAAUGGCGCCAACGGUACAAACGGUGUCAACUGCCACAAUGGCACCAAGGGUACUAGUGGAACCAAGGGUGUCAAGGGUGUUAACAACCAUGACGGCCAUAAUGACACUAAUGGUCAUGAUGGAACCAACGGCACCAAUGGCCGCAAGGUAUCCGCGGAUAGCAAUGGCCAUCCAAUUUCAGAUGAAGUACAGGUUGUAGCGGACCAACGCGGGAUCACGACAGCGUUACACUAA